CCGGGAGGGGGCGCCGGCGCGCAGGCGCAGCCCCGCCCCGCGGGGAGGCGCCGCCGGCUGCGCGCGGAAGUAUUCAACGUUAAGUAACAUGUCUUCCACCAAACCUCCAAAUGAAAAUGAAACACCCAAAGAGAGAAAACCAGGACUGAGGAGCGUUCAGACAACUAUGCUUUUCCGAGCUGUGAACCCAGAGCUUUUCAUUAAACCUAACAAACCUGUGAUGGCAUUUGGACUGAUAGCAAUUAGCCUCUGUGUGGCCUACCUUGGUUAUUUGCAUGCAACAGCAGAGAACAAAAAGGACCUCUACGAAGCAAUCGACAGUGAGGGGUCCAAGUAUAUGAGGAGGAAAACUUCCAAGUGGGACUGAGAAUGUAAGAAAGGAAAUCAGUAAAUCACUCACAGAACUUUUCAAGGCAACUACUGCUAUUUUCUCUUUCCCUUGAAAUAAUGUAUUAAUGUCUCUCUUGCUGUUUAAUUCAAUUCAAGUUCCUUUAUAAAAUGCUGUGCCUGUACAAAUAAACUGCAGUAAAGAUACAUAAAAGUGA